CCUGGGUCGAGGCGGUCGGGAUGCUGCUGGCCGUGUGGGGCUUCCUGAAGCGCCACAAAAAGAAAUGCUUCUUCUUGGGCGCCUUCGUGGGCGGAGUUUAUGUACUUGGAAAAUACGGGCAGAAAAAAAUGAAAGAAAUUCAAGAAAGAGAAGCAGCAGAAUAUAUAGCACAAGCACGAAGGCAGUAUCAUUUUGAAAGUAACCAGAGGACUUGCAACAUGACAGUACUGUCAAUGCUUCCAACGCUGAGGGAUGCUUUGAUGUACCAGUUGAAUUCAGAGAACCUCACUUCUCUGCUGAAAAACAAACCAUCCAACAAGUUAGAAAUAUGGGAAGAUUUGAAGAUAAUAAGUUUUACAAGAAGCAUCGUAGCUGUGUAUAGCACAUGUAUGCUUGUAGUUCUUCUACGAGUCCAGUUAAACAUCAUUGGUGGAUACAUCUACUUGGAUAAUGCAGCAGUUUGCAAAAAUGGCACUACACUUCUAGCUCCCCCUGAAGUCCAACAACAAUAUUUAUCAAGUAUUCAGCACCUUCUAGGAGAUGGUCUGAUUGAAUUAAUUACUGUGGUUAAAAACGCUGUGCGGAACAUAUUUGGAAGUAUGUCUCUGAAACACACUCUCUCUCUCUUGGAUUUGGACCAGAAACUAAGAGAGAUUAGGACAGUAAUAGAACAGCCCAGGGAGACUUUCACCUCUGAAGAAAGUAGAUCUCAGACCCUGCUUUGUCGUUACAUGAUGCCAGAUGAGGAAAACCCUUUAGCCACGCAGGCUUAUGGACUUACAGAAAAAGAUAUUGCUACUAUUAAACUGCUUAAUGAAACAAGAGACAUGUUGGAAAGUCCAGAUUUUAACCGAGUUUUGAGCUCUUGCUUAAGUAGAGGAUUCAGUCGAUUGUUGGACAAUAUGGCAGAAUUCUUCAGACCCACUGAACAGGACACAGGCGACAGUAGCUCUGUGAAUAGUCUUUCUAGUGUCAGUCUUCCUUUAGCCAAGAUAAUUCCAAUAAUAAAUGGGCAGAUCCAUUCAGUCUGCAGUGAAACACCUAGUCAUUUUGUUCAGGACCUGUUAACAAUGGAACAAGUGAAAGACUUUGCUGCUAAUGUGUAUGAAGCCUUCAGUACUCCUCAACAACUAGAGAAAUGAAUUGUGCAACAAGAGAAAUACAUGAUGUAUUCUUAG